AUGUGGAAAAAAUUUUUUUGUAUUCCAGAUGGAGUGAAUAAGCUGUUGGUUUCUGGUGAAGACUCGCUGAAUGUCGACCAUCCUUCAACUAGUAUCGAGAAAGACUCCAAAAUCGCUGACCCGACUCGAGACGACGCAAUCAUUGAGCAAUGGUCAAACGACGAGUAUAAACGCGAAUUGGAAAAAUAUAAAAAAGAACAUCAUAUCAAUGCAACUUCAUCAGGACUAAGAAACGAGACUGCGUGUGAUUUGUAUAUGCGAUGUCGUAAUCAGAUGCACAUGGCCGUCGACAGUUGCGCUUGGCGGUUUGCCAGUAGUAAAAUUCUACCCAGCCUGGUCGAAAGUGCUGAGAGUUUGCUUUAUCGGGCUGAGGAACUGUGCGAUCCAGCGGAACAGCCCUUCUACGAGGAACUCUAUGAGAUGAUGAUCAAACGAAACACCCGACUUCGUGACUGCCUUGACAAGAAGAACGAAAAAUUCUUCGAGACAUCAGUCUGUCUACCGUACUCCCCUGUGAAGCACCUCAUGUAUGGAUCAGCAUUCAUCCGACUACUUAGCGAGGACUAUAAAGAAUCAUCUGCUUGUUUCCGUGAUGCGAACCUCAUUCAGGAAAAAUGUACAAAACUCAGGGAAUGCUGUCCGAACUUUGACAGGUUAGUGUGA